AUGGAUGGGUCAUUUUCUAACGAAACCGACCCUUCAUCAGGUGGCGUUAUUAUCCGGUCCACAAUCAUGGCUCUCAUUUUGACAUUUGCUACUGUCGGUAAUGCAUUAGUACUACUCGCACUAGCAAACUUCCGUGUGAUAAGGAGCAAAACUACAGUUUUCAUCGCUAAUUUGGCAUUGGCAGAUUUUGCUGUUGGUUUGACGGGCAUGCCGUUCAUACUCGGCUCUUCAAUUAGUGGGAGAUGGAUUGCCGGUGAUGUUUUCUGUAGCAUUAACGGCGCUUCAAAUGUUAUCUUCUGUGUGGCAAGUAUGCUGACCUUAGCUGGUAUAGCUCUCGAUCGUUACUUUGCAAUCGUGCACCCAUUCCGCUAUCUGGAACUUAUGUCCAUGCAACGAAUUUCUAUGGUUCUUCUAUGGAUUUGGCUAGAACCAAUAACUUUGGCCAUCCUGCCAAUUGCAACCCCUUGGUCUCGAUACAAAUAUUUCUCAAACGAGUAUAUCUGUACGACUGACUGGGGUUACAGUGCCAGUUUCUCUUGCACUGUGUUCGCAUUGGGUUUCUUUGUACCCCUAGCGGUGAUGUGUUUUUGCUACUACAAGAUUUUAAAAGUUGCGAGGCAGCAGUCGAGGAAGAUCUGUGCGACAGAAACCAUUGUGUCCGGCGUUGAGGCAACUUUGGCUGCAAGACGAGCCCGCCAAUUCAAGCGAGACGCGAGGGCGGCCUUUCUGCUCCUUAUCCUCAUCGCCAACUUCUUGUUCUGCUGGCUGCCUCAUUUUGUUGGCAUCCUUUGCCUCGUUUUCACUAACAAUGAGUGCAUUUUCUCAGACACAUUUUUCACCACAACAACGUGGCUUGCCAUGGCAAACUCUGGAAUGAAUCCCGUUAUGUAUGGUUUGUUCGACAGAAGACUUCGGCAGGCCGUAUGGCUGAUUCUGCGGUGCAAGAUUCACGAAAGACUGGAUGAUCCAAAUACUUCGCAGGGCGACCGAUAG